UGUGGCGUAAUGAAGCGCUGCCCUGGCCUAAUGAAGAGCUGCCAUCUGCAUUUAUCCUGCCUACCAUGUUCCCUUCAUCGACUUUUUUUAUCGUGAAAUAGCCUAGGCGCCUAGCCUCUGCUCUUUAAUCUAGUAUCACGAAAAUAUUUAUCCACAGGAUCACGUUCUUGGACUCAUCUUCGUCCUUUUCACUGCAGCCGUGUGGGUAGAGAGAGAGGGAGAGAGAGAGAGGGAGGGAAGAUGGAGUUUGACGCUGAGGGUUGUUCUUUCGUUAGACUGGAGAGCCACAGUGACUGUGAGAUAGAGAUAGAGAGGAGAGAGAGAGAGAUGUUCUUGUGAGUGGAGAGCAAAAGGGUCAAUUGCUGCGCUUUUGCACAAGUCAUGUGGGGGCAGAAGCGCCUGCCACUUCACAAAUGGCCUGGCCACGUACCAGGACGCCAUUGGAGAAGACAAUAACACGCGUACAACCUUUUCAAAUAAAGGGCGCUGCUCUGCCAGAUGAAGGAAGCGAGGGAGAGUGAAGCAGGGGAAGGCAAGCAAAGGCCUUUACCGAGGAAGAAGAAGAGAGAUCUAAAAAGGGUUCAGUAGAGAGAGCGAAGGAGAGAGGAUGGAGCAGAUCUCUGUUGCCCCUUUCGUUCUGAAGACGUACGAGAUGGUGAGCGACCCUUCCACCGACGCCCUCGUCACAUGGGGCACUGCCAACAACAGUUUUGUGGUGCUUAACCUCUUCGACUUCUCACAGCAGCUCCUCCCCAAGUACUUCAAGCACAACAACUUCUCCAGCUUCGUCCGCCAGCUCAACACCUAUGGAUUCAGGAAGGUUGACUCCGACAGGUGGGAGUUUGCAAAUGAGUACUUCCUGCGAGGACAGAGGCACCUAUUGAAGAACAUCAUAAGGAGGAGAAGCUUCCAGAAUGGGGGCGAGAUCAGCAGCCGCGUGAACGCAAUCAUGGCAAGCAGCACUGUGGAGAUGUUGCUCGCCAGCCAGGUGGAAAGGCUGAAGCAUGAGCGAAACUCCAUGGUGGUGGACUUGGCAGAGCUGAGGCAGAGCCAGAUGGCCAUGGAGGAAGAGGUGGAGGAGAUGAACAAGAGGCUGCAAGUCACAGAGAAGCGGCCGCAGCAGAUGAUGUCUUUCCUUGCCAAGGUAGUGACAAACCCCGGAAUCCUCUCUCGCAUGAACAAGGGGACGAAGCAAUUGAUGGACGAGAAUCCGACCAAGAAGCAAAAGAUGAUAGCACACGCUGAACAGAAAUACUCCCCUCCACCUUCGGUUGGUGAUGCAGAGAAUCGGGUGCUUGUGGUGGAUGGGGAUGAAAACAAGAAUGGGGAAGGGAAUUUUGAGGUGAAUUCUGAGCUUCCAUCCUUCUCAAAUUCGGGGAUGAUGAGCAUGAGUGCACAAGUUGCGGCUGAGGAAGAAGGGGAAGAAGAAGAAGAAGGUCCACUCUUAAUUGAGGACAUACAGCCACCUGAAUACGUCUAUGAAUGCCAGCAACUUGUUCCUAAGCAUAGAUUAGAGAGACCAACUUUGCCUCUCUCUGGUCCUGCUUUCAUAAAAAGUGGCUUCUGACUCUCACCAGAUGCAAAGUUAAAUUUGGUGGGAACUCGGGACAGGGAGGCUCUUUUGUCAGGGCAAUCUUUUGCUCCUCUUCCACGUCUCUGUCUCCCUAUCUUAAGCAGAUACUAGGGGAUAAAAACGAUGAAAAUGGGAGAACAAAAUUAGUUCUGCGGGUGAAGCUAGAUUAGGAUGUGUGCAAUCAGGAUGUGUGGAAUCUCUGAUGUGUAGAUAACCGAUUCUUUGCUUUUCCAUCUUCUCCUCCUUCCCGUUUUAGUUGGUAGGCUUGUAAUCCGUGUAAACUGCAGAAACAUCAGUAAUAAAUUUGUAGAAAAAAGGUUCAUCUA